AUGCGGCGCGUGUUGAGUUGACACGUUGACACUUGAAGCCUUGAGGAGUACACUCUGCAGGCUACAUGAGCGCGAGCGCGCGCGGGCUUUCUCUUAGCUUCCUUCUGAUUUGAGCGUUCUAACGUAUUGAACCACCUCGAAUCAGACGCCGAGAUUCUAGACAACCUCCUCCACCUCCACGGCGCGGUCGCUGACGGCUAUCGUUCAUUGGUCGUGGGCGACCAUCGUCUCCCGCUCGACUACGAGCGCGUGUGGGCGGAGCUCGACGUCGUGGAACGCAUCCAGGAACGCUUCCGUUGGUCCUUGGCCUGGUUAGACAAGCUUAAAGGGAAUGCGAGGGAGGUACUGACAGACGUGCUUCGAACGGCGGUCUGGGACGCCCGCAUGGCCCCGGAAGAUGGCCCGUCGCUCGAGACGCUUGUGAGCUUCCUCAGUACGUCUCAUCUGGUAUUAUCCCCAACUUCUAGUAGACUUGCUUCGUGACUGAUCCAAGCGUGUGGCCCUCCUACCCCUGCCCGCCCUUGGUCCCGUCCCGUCAGGUGACGACUGGUUGGGGAAAUACGUCAACUACACCAUCGCGGACAUCAUCCAGCUUGCCCGCUCAAAACCAGAGCUGCUUUCGAGACUAUACAAACUCAUUCCGUCGGAUUGUUUUGACAAUGGCGAUCCAUCCAUCCGCUACGGGAACGACCCUGGACAAGUAUUGCCUCGAGGCUUGGCUGGUGCGGAUCUCGGGAUGGCCGUGCGCGACCCUCGGGGCACUCCGUCGAAACAUGAUCAGGCAUCCAGAGACAAUCUGGUUUCUUCCGAUUUGUGA